AUGGCUUAUGGUGCUGUUUCUUCUCUUGAGCUGACAAUUGAGCGCCUUUUGAAUUCAUCACAUCUUCCGAUUGUUCAAAAUUCAUCCCCACAAAUCCUAAAACAUAUGUAUGAGAAUAUUCUUUCCUUAAAAGAAGAUCUGGGAGAAUUCGACAAAUGGAGGAGCACCAUUAACAUGAAGAUGGUAAAAAAAUUGGAGGCGGAAAUGAUAGAUGCUGUAUACAGAUUUGAAGAUGUAAUAGAAUCUCAUGUCUUAAAUCAGUUCCACUCAACACAAUCCGAAGAAGCUGGGAGUGAUCAUCCACCAUUAACGGUAUACUCAGUAGAUGUGGAGGAAAUAAAGCAAGAUGUCGAUUCCUUUAUCGAAACGGUGAACAUUAUGAAGAGGGCCUACAUUCAUGAGUUACGCAACCCUUCUCCCGAAGAAGAUGAUGAUUUUGUCCCGACAAUAACUGAUUUUGGUGGAAAUGAGUCUAACAUGGUUGGAUUGUCCGAUCUAUUUAUGAGAUUCAGAGAUUGGCUUAUUUCCCCACACUCUGAAUUGAUAGUUAUGUCGCUCGAUGGGAUGGCUGGCAUUGGUAAGACUACUCUUGCCAAGAAACUAUUUCAAGAUCCGUUCAUUGCGAGUCAUUAUAGCAGGCUUGUGUUCGUGACAAUAGGCCCUAAAUAUCGAUUAGCGGACAUCUUGGUGGAUAUUCUCACACAAUUGAAUAAUGCUGACAUUGAUGAAAUAAUAUGGCUUACGAAAGGAGAAGAAUUAUUACAUGAGCUGAAAUGGAAGGUGUGCGAAAGUUUAAGUGAAUUGAGAUACUUGAUCGUGUUGGAUGAUGUAUGGUACACGGAUCUCUGUUAUGAGUUCGCCAACGUAUUUCCAGACGACAAAAAUGGAAGUGUAGCAUUACUGACUACUAGGCUAACAGAAGUAAGUAAAUGUGUCCACCCUUUGAAUUCUCACAGACUACCCUUCCUUGAUAAGAAAGAAAGUUGGGAACUUCUUCGUCACAAGGUGUUUGAUGCAAUGCCUUGCCCUCGUGAACUCGAGAAAUCUGGAAAGAAGAUUGCGGAGAAUUGUGAAGGUCUUCCACUUACAAUAGUUACAGUUGCCCACAUCCUUUCCAAAACUGACAAGACUUCGGUGUACUGGAACCAGGUAGCUAAUGAUAAACAAAAUUCGGUUUACAAGGAUGCAUAUGAUCAAAUGUCCAAUGUACUAUAUCCAAGCUAUGACUAUUUACCUCAACAUUUGAAAGCAUGCUUUCUCUACUUAGGAGCUUUCCCACAAGAUUAUAUGGUGUGGAGGCGCCAACUGAUCGACUUGUGGAGUGCUGAAGGAUUUCUUAACCGAAAAUCAACCAUGACUUCAACUGAUUAUACGUUUGCUUAUGUAGGAGCGCUUCUUUCAAAUAAUGUUAUCAUCUACAAUGAAGAAAAGUUGCUCAGGGUAUUGGAAGCUCUUUCUAUUAAAUCCUAUGAGUUCCCAAUGGAAGUGUUGAAACUAUUGCAGCUAAGAUACCUCGCCCUCACUUACGAUGGAAACCUCCCUACUUUCAUUUCCAAACUAUUCAACCUUCAGUACUUGAUUGUUCAUCAUCAGUACCGGAUCGUAAAAUCUGUUGGGAAUCCAUAUUAUCUGCCUAUUGAGAUAUGGAAUAUGAAAGAAUUGAAGUCUCUCGAGAUCCGGGGAAGAGACCUACCACAUCCUUGUGAAGGAUCCCUCCUAUCAAACCUCACAACUCUAACUGGUGUCGGUCCUCAAAGUUGUACCAAAGAUGUGCUUGAAAAAAUCCCUAAUCUGAAGGAGUUAACAAUCCAAAUCGAACUAGUUCCGGUUGCUUCUAAGCCCUUCAGUUGCUUUGAUCACAUUUACAAUCUGCAUCAACUACAAGAAUUAGAAUGUGAAAUUACAAAUCCUAUUUUCAAGACUGAGGUUGUUACCCGAUUUGGUCCUCUUUCAGACUUGCCAUCAAGUCUUACAAAGUUAACCUUGAGCGGCUUAGGAUAUCCGUGGGAAGAAAUGAGAAAGAUUUCUUCAUUGCCAAAUCUUACAGACCUGGUAUUGCAAUGCUAUGCCUUUCGAGGCCCGAAGUGGGAGGUUCACGACCACGAAUUCCAAAAGCUUUCACAUUUUCAAAUUGAAGACACCGAUCUGGUGCACUGGAAGUUUGUGACAACAAAUUUCUGCUUCCCUGCUAUUAAGGUUCUUGGCAUCGAACAUUGCUACAAGUUAAAAGAGAUCCCUCUCACAUUCGGUACAUCUCUUGAAAAUAUUUAUUUAGUUGACUGCAACCCUAUGGUUGUGAAUUGUGCAAACAGUUUAAAAGGGGAGUGGGACGACAAAUAUGGCGGUCAUGGACGUCGAUUAUAUGUUAUUGUCCGUUCUUCAUUGUACUGA